AGGGGAAGUUUCCCUUCUCUCUCUCUCUCUCCUCUUUCCGCUUCGCAUCUCCUCUGUGAAGUUGAGGGAGGGAGUGAGCGAGAGGGAGAGAUCGCUCGUGCGCGAGGGCUUUGGGUAAUGGUGGCUUCUUCGACGUCGUAGGGUUUCUUCUCGUGGGGUAGUUGUUGUUGUAGCGUUUCUCCUCGUGGUCGGUGCGCGUACGUCGUGGUGGGAGGAGAGAUGGCCGGGGACAAGGCGAUCAGCUUGGAAGAGAUCAAGAACGAGACCGUGGAUCUGGAACGGAUUCCGGUCGACGAGGUUUUCGAGCAGCUGAAAUGUACGAGGGAAGGUCUCUCGUCAGCGGAAGGAGCCAACCGGCUUCAAAUCUUUGGCCCCAACAAACUCGAAGAGAAAAAGGAGAGCAAAAUCCUCAAGUUUUUGGGCUUCAUGUGGAAUCCCCUUUCGUGGGUGAUGGAGAUGGCCGCUGUCAUGGCCAUCGCCUUGGCCAACGGUGGUGGGAAGCCACCCGACUGGCAAGACUUCGUCGGGAUCGUCGUGUUGCUCGUGAUCAACUCCACCAUCAGUUUCAUCGAAGAGAACAACGCAGGCAAUGCUGCGGCCGCCCUAAUGGCUGGUCUCGCCCCGAAAACAAAGGUGCUCAGAGAUGGCCGCUGGAGUGAAGAGGACGCAGCCAUUCUGGUUCCUGGUGACAUUAUCAGCAUUAAACUCGGAGAUAUCGUCCCCGCUGAUGCGCGCCUCCUCGACGGGGAUCCUCUAAAGAUCGACCAGUCUGCGUUGACCGGAGAGUCGCUUCCCGUCACUAAGAAUCCGGGAGACGAGGUGUUCUCUGGGUCGACAUGCAAACAGGGCGAGAUCGAGGCUGUUGUCAUUGCCACCGGUGUGCACACUUUCUUCGGAAAGGCAGCCCACCUCGUCGACAGUACAAACCAGGUUGGCCAUUUCCAGAAGGUCCUCACGGCCAUCGGUAACUUCUGCAUCUGCUCCAUCGCGGUGGGAAUGAUCGUCGAGAUAAUCGUCAUGUACCCGAUCCAGCAUAGAAGAUACAGGGAUGGGAUCGACAAUCUCUUGGUUCUCUUGAUCGGCGGUAUACCGAUCGCUAUGCCCACCGUCCUGUCGGUGACCAUGGCUAUUGGGUCGCACAGGCUAUCCGAGCAAGGUGCCAUCACAAAGAGGAUGACCGCAAUAGAGGAGAUGGCUGGCAUGGACGUUCUCUGCAGUGACAAGACCGGCACACUGACGCUUAACAAACUGAGCGUUGACAAGAACCUCAUUGAGGUCUUUGCGAAGGGUGUGGAUAAGGAGUAUGUGGUCUUGUUGGCAGCAAGAGCCUCGAGGACGGAGAAUCAGGAUGCUAUCGAUGCAGCCAUGGUCGGGAUGCUUGCAGACCCAAAGGAGGCGAGGGCAGGUAUCAGGGAAGUACAUUUUCUCCCCUUCAACCCUGUCGACAAAAGAACUGCUCUUACCUAUAUUGAUGCUAAUGGCUCCUGGCAUCGUGUGAGCAAAGGUGCUCCAGAGCAGAUCGUUACCCUCUGCAACUGCAAGGAAGAUGUCAGGAAGAAGGUUCAUGCUAUUAUUGACAAGUUUGCUGAACGUGGGUUGCGAUCACUAGCUGUUGCAAGACAGGAAGUUCCAGAGAGGCACAAGGAGAGCCCAGGGGCGCCAUGGCAAUUUGUUGGACUGUUACCUCUAUUUGAUCCCCCAAGGCAUGACAGUGCAGAAACAAUUCGCAGAGCUCUCAACCUUGGUGUCAAUGUGAAGAUGAUUACUGGUGAUCAACUCGCUAUAGCCAAGGAGACAGGUCGAAGGCUUGGAAUGGGAACCAAUAUGUACCCUUCCUCUUCAUUGCUUGGCCAAAAUAAAGAUGCAUCAAUUGCUGCACUUCCCGUAGAUGAACUGAUAGAGAAGGCAGAUGGGUUUGCAGGAGUAUUUCCGGAACACAAGUAUGAAAUCGUGAAGAAGUUGCAGGAGCGGAAGCACAUUUGUGGAAUGACGGGAGAUGGAGUUAAUGAUGCCCCUGCCUUGAAGAAAGCUGAUAUUGGAAUUGCUGUUGCUGAUGCCACAGAUGCCGCUAGAGGUGCUUCUGACAUUGUCCUGACCGAGCCUGGGCUUAGUGUGAUCAUCAGUGCUGUGCUCACCAGCCGAGCUAUUUUCCAGAGGAUGAAGAACUACACAAUUUAUGCCGUCUCCAUCACAAUUCGUAUUGUGCUCGGUUUUAUGCUUAUUGCACUAAUAUGGAAAUUUGACUUCUCACCUUUCAUGGUUUUGAUCAUUGCCAUUCUAAAUGAUGGUACAAUAAUGACAAUCUCCAAGGACCGCGUGAAGCCAUCUCCAAUGCCAGAUAGUUGGAAGCUGAAAGAGAUAUUUGCUACUGGCAUUGUUUUUGGCAGUUAUUUGGCGUUGAUGACUGUUAUUUUCUUCUGGGCCAUGAAAGAAACUGACUUCUUCUCUGAUAAGUUUAAGGUGAGAUCGCUGAGGCAUAGUGAAGAUGAGAUGAUGUCGGCUUUGUACCUCCAAGUCAGUAUAGUUAGCCAGGCACUUAUUUUCGUCACUCGAUCACGCGGCUGGUGUUUUAUUGAACGCCCUGGGCUUCUCUUAGUCACCGCUUUCAUAAUUGCUCAGCUUGUUGCAACUCUUUUAGCUGUCUAUGCUAACUGGGGCUUUGCAAGGAUCAAAGGUAUCGGCUGGGGAUGGGCUGGAGUUAUCUGGCUUUACAGCAUCGUUUUCUUCUUCCCUCUUGACUGGUUCAAGUUCGCUAUCCGCUACGUUCUCAGUGGAAAAGCUUGGGAUAACCUCCUCGAGAACAAGACCGCCUUCACUACCAAGAAGGAUUACGGUCGGGAAGAGAGGGAAGCUCAGUGGGCUAUGGCACAGAGAACUCUGCAUGGACUCCAACCCCCUGACACUGCCAACCUCUUCCCAGAGAAGAGCAGCUACCGAGAACUUUCAGAGAUUGCUGAGCAAGCCAAACGGCGAGCUGAGAUUGCAAGGCUGCGUGAGCUGCACACUCUAAAGGGACACGUGGAAUCGGUGUUCAAGCUCAAAGGGCUUGACAUCGACAACAUCCAGCAGCAUUACACAGUAUAAGAACCCUACCUGGAGAGCGUCGAAUGAUGCGAAACGUGCAGAUGGAAGCAGGCGUUCUUAGCGUGCGUAGGUCGGAAGAGGAAGAUCCUUCAUUCAUCAUGCAGUUGUUGUACUCGUUUUCGCUUUCGAACAAUCUCCAACUGAUGUAAGCCAUGGAAAUGGCGUUGCUGUUUGUCAAAAUGCAGAUAUAGAUGCAAUAAUCCAAAUCUGCUUCUCUUUUCUGCUUCUGUCACAAUCAAUCAUAUGGUUUUCAAUUUUAUGGAA